GUAUUAUUUUUAGUUGCUUAAAAAGGAGUUGUACCCGAGCAUAAUGCUAAAUAAUGAUAACAAUAAACAACUUUGAUUCGCGGACUAAAGAAAAAAACCGCGCGGCACCGUUUGAAAUUCCCUAUGCGCCGUACAUUCUUAUCAGAGAGAAACCCCCCAGCAUAGGUCUCAGUCUCUGUCGCCUGCCAACCCUCGGCCAGUCGAUAUCAGACGUCGGCGCAGCUGGCCAAGUGUCACGAUAUCGCAGAGCUUGUCGCCGGUUUUUAUCACGCGUCGCGUGUGUCGAGGCGUGUCGCAAAAUCCUACUGUUCUGUCUACAUAGAUCUCGAUAUAUCCUAAUUCGGACAGUGGAUAAUCCUCGUCUCCCGUCAAGAUCCUCGUCGGAAAAACGAAACACGCCACCAUCCGCCCGUUUCCGUCUGUCGCGCGAUAAUCGAUUAGAGAAUCUCUUCUAUAAUUCAUCCCCCACGUAGGUCAAGUUCUACGAGAGCUCUCGUCUCUCUCUCUCUCUCUUCCUAUUCUUUUACUUUUUCUACUGCUCGAAUCCCGAAGUUUCAGUUAUUAAAAGUGAAUCGCGAAUGUGCAAAGUGUCAGAAUAUCAAAGGAUAGCUUUGAAUGAAUUGGAAAGAAGGAACGAUCAAGGAAAAUAUUUUAUAAUACGAGCAAAAUUAACGCGGAAAAUAUUGAAUUUUCUAGGCAAAUAUUAUCUGAUAGCAGGUAGCGAAGGUGUACCAGAUGCUUUACAAAAAUGCCAUUCAUUAUCGAGGGAUCUUCAGAAUAACCAGACUAUUAUUUUCUCUAGACUAUCUGAUCUCAAGCAGCAAAUAAAUAAUUAUACGGUACAGCUGGCACAUAUUCAACAGGACUUACAUAAAGUACAAGAGUAUUUUCAAACCGCGCCCGAGAUGGCCACCUUGCCGAAACGCUUAAAUGAACUGUCAGCUAGCGUUGCAACAUUCGGUAGUCAAAUAAAUGAUCUAGGAGCUACGGUAAAAACUUUAAAAGAAACAAAUGUGAGGAUACAGGAUGCACAAACCGCUAUGCAACAAAACGUCGGCAGUAUUAAGCAAUCUAUGUUAGAAUUAUCGAAUAUCACUCAAAAGCCUCAAAUUUUGAGCACCGACGAAACGCAAGUUAAAAUUGAUAAACUAAACUUUACAGUAUCACAUUUAAUGAAUAAUUUAACGCAUGUUAACAAAACUUUGUCGAGCAAAUUGCAAUGGGUUGCCGAUGAUCAAGACGAAGAUCGCAGAAAAUUAGUCUCGCUUCAAGAAGCAACGGCGGCCAUUAACACGACAGUGAUAUCUUUGCAAGGAGAAUGCGUUAAAAUCUCUGAACAAGCUUCCGUUUUAGCAUCAUUUCAACAAUUAACAAAGAAGGUGAACGAGAUACGCGCGACAGACGUAGAACUAAUCGGUAAAUUCAAGCAAUUGGAACAAUCAUACAACGGAUUAAAAAAUUCCACUAGCAUAAUGUUCGCGACCGUGUCCGAGAUACAGAAUCAGCAACAAGUCAGCAAAAUUAAGCUACCGGAGCCGUUAAACAGCGAUAUAACGACAGAAACGGAUCGCAGCGCGACAGAUGUAAACGAUAUUGCUCAGAAGAAGAUUCUAAAUGAAACGUGACAGAAGCACGCGUUCAGUGCGUACGUGAACAUGAAUAAAUGAAUAAAAUAUUUCUCGAAAAAAUGCGCUCGAGAAAAAACUUUCACGUGGAGGGAAGUUAUUUUAUACACAAUCUGAUGAAGUUGUGUAUAUUUGUAAAUACUAAUAAAUUAAGUGCGUUAUAUAAUUUCAUGUACAUAGAAAGAAAGACUAUUUAUGAUAUCAUACACGUGUCUCUCCAGUAGAAUAAUAAUACAAUGGUAUUUGCAACUUAUGUGUGAUUGAUGGAGACUGCGAGCGUUGGCCGUAGCCUGAGAGAGGCUAUUUACGCCUAGCAAUAAUUACACAGCGUAUUAAAAACAUUACUGUUAAUAGAACAUUCUGUAUUCGACCUAGAUUCUCAGAGAAUAACUAGAUAUGUCAAUUCUUAAACAGCAUUAAACACGAUAUAGCGAAAGAGGUAUUUCAGAAAUACCAUGGAAAGUACAAAGUCGACAGCCGUCUAAAACAUUCUCGGUUGUAUAACGUCUAGCAAAAAAAUAUUCAUAUUUAAGUAACAAUGAAACUACCAAGAGUUUUUCUACUCUUCUACGUUUUAUAGAGAGAGUAGUACUAUAAAUUUUUUAGUAACUACUGUAAAUUUUUUCAAUUUUUCUGAUACAAUAGAAUUCUUCAGAUUGCAGAGAAAACAAUAUACAAGUGAUUCAGGAUGUUAAUACGUAUAUAGAUGCAACAAUAUUAAGUUAACAAAUAACAAACAGCGUAAUAAAGUGAUAAAGGUGUAAUAGUAUUGUACAUUCUAAGCGCAUAGUUGAUUAAACUUGCUUUAACUUGCUUUUCAAGAUUGAUAAAGCACAUUGGCAGAAUCGGUUUCCAAUUUAGCACACUGUAUUUAAUUUAAUGCACUAUAUAUGCAAUCAUAUGUAUCGAUUAAAACGUUAAUCUUUCAACAA